UUUCUCUCUGCUUGUGCUAAAGGAAUUGUGAUCACGCCGGACACGUCUAGUCGAAUGCUGAAUGCUAAUAAUUGGUACGAUGUGCUGUAGAUGACCAUUCGGAUAACGACCACACACCAGUCACCAGUUGAAUUUGUAUGGUAGAUUUUUUACCUGCUGUGGAUUACUGGACUAAAUGAUCAACGGUAUACCCUACCCGAAAAUGGACGCCUACGCCAUCGUCGCCCUGACCUUCUUCAUCAUCAGCAUCAUCCUGGUCAUCUUCCCCAUCGCCAUCCCCAUCCCGCGCACCCGUCUGCGCUUGAUCCUCGACACCGCCACCGCCCCCCUGGUCUGCGUCAUCAUCUUAGCGUUGGCCCAGUGCAUUCCCUUUUCCGUCUUCCGCGACGGGAUUGUGGGCGCCGGCGGCAUUAAGCCCUACAACAUCAUGAUUCUCUUCUUCUCCCUGGCCUACAUGGCCAUCUCCCUGGAUCUCACCGGACUGCUGCAGGCGGCCGCCUUCUGGAUCGCCAACCAUGGCGGUCGCCGGGGGAUCCGGCUGUACACGUCGUUCUAUCUCUUCUCCACUGUGCUGAGCAUUCUUCUCGGGAAUGAUCCGGUGGUGCUCUCGGGAACGGCCUUCCUGGUCUACUACACCGCCGUCGCCAAGAUGGACCCGUAUCCGUGGCUGUUUGCGGAAUUCGCCAGUUGCAAUAUCGGAAGUAUGGUGCUGUUCCUAGGGAAUAUCACCAAUUUGGUGCUGUGCGAAGGCUUCCAGAUGGAAUAUCUAAUGUACACCGCGUACACCACGCUGCCGUUCCUCGGCUGUGCUGUCGCCGCGUAUACCGCCCUGCUGGUGCAAUUCCGCAAGCAAAUUCCCCAACAGGUCACCGCCCCGCAACUGGACGCGCGCUCCGUCCUCCUAGAUCCGGUCAGUGCGCUGGUCGGCUCCGGGCUGCUUUUGUCCUGCUUAAUCGUGAUCAUCGGGGCCAGUUUCGGGGGCGUGGACGUGUGGGUGAUCGCGCUGCCGUUUACCAUCGGCAAAUUCCUCUUCGACAUUAUCUGGGAGGGAUGGAUUAAGAGACGACCGAGCAGCGCGGCAUUUGAGUUGGAAUUACGGGAACGCGCAUCCGUCCGCCAUUCCACGGAGGCGGAGGCCGUGGUUAUCCGGCGAUUCUCCCAAAAGUGGUUUACGACGCACUUUCGUUGGCUUAUUCGCACCAAAGAGGUCCUGAAGAAGCGCUUCCCCACGGCGUACACUUCGCUGAAACGUCUGCCGAUCGGUUUACUCCCGUUUGCGCUCUCCCAGUUCGUGCUGGUGGAGGCGCUAGCAUACCACAAGUGGAUCGACAUCUUUGCCGGCUGGAUGGCGCAUCUGACCACUUCGCUGCCGGCGACGGUCUUUUCCGUGGGAUUGCUGUCCGUUGUGUUGUGUAAUUUUGCCGGGACGAAUAUCUUAGCGACGGUACUGUUGACCAAGAUUCUCCGGCAGAUCCCGCUGGAUGACAUCAAUCUGCGCGGGAGUUCCAUUGCGUUGGCCGUGGGAAGCAACAUCGGCGCGGUGUCCUUUACAUUCAGCGCUUCGCUCGCGGGGCUUUUAUGGCGGAAUAUAUUGUGGCAGAAAGGCCUGCGAGUACGGGCUGUGGAGUUCUUCAAACUCAACCUGUUCCCAAUUCUCUUAACCAGUGCGGUUGGAUUCAGCAUUGUCUAUGCGGAGAUGAUUGUGUGUAGCCAUAUUAGGUGUGAAACGAUCAGUUCGAAUCAAACCGCUGUAUAA